AAUGAAGCCCCUGUUGAGGGUUUUUUGAAAUACUUCGGUCAACUAAUCGCAAAGAUACUCGGCACCCACAACCACUGGCGCGAAAAGUAACUAGUGUGCUACGAAAAGUUUUUUAAGGAUGACACUCUUUACUAGUGGGACACAAAAUGUCUUUAAUUCAGUUAGUAUUGGCUCAAAUAAAACUAUGAGUGCUGCACAAAAAACAGCCGAAGUCCAAUCUCCUCCAGGAGAUACAGUAUCGUGUCUUCGCUUCAGUCCUGAGUCCAUGCAAACGACCUUCUUGGCUGCUACUAGUUGGGACAAUCGUAUUAGAAUUUGGGAAGUCCAAGCCAAUGGUUCUACCAUUCCCAAGGCUGAACAAAUGCAUCAAGGGCCUGUAUUUGGGGCUUGUUGGAGCACUGAUGGUUCAAAACUUUUCAGUGUAUCAGCAGACAAAACUGCGCAAAUGUGGGAUCUUAGUUCAAACACUUUCACGCAAGUUGGCGUACAUGAUGCUCCCGUUAAAACUGCUCAUUUUAUUACUGCUCCAAAUUAUUCUUGUUUGAUGACAGGUUCAUGGGAUAAACGACUUAGAUUCUGGGAUACAAGACAACCUCAGCCUAUUUUGAACUUGGAUUUGCCGGAAAGGAUCUAUUGUGCUGACGUCCAUUAUCCACUUGCCCUUGUCGGGACUGCAGGUCGGCAAAUAUUUGUGUAUAAUUUAGAAAAUGGUCCCACUCAAUUCAGCCAAUUAGAGUCUCCUCUUAAAUUUCAGAGUCGUUGUAUAUCUAUAUUCAUGGACAAACAAAAACAAAAUCCUAGUGGAUUUGCUCUAGGGAGCAUUGAAGGGCGUGUCGCUAUACAGUAUUUAAAUCCAACUACGCCUAAAGAUAAUUUCACUUUUAAAUGUCAUCGUUCUAAUGCACCGGUCAACGGUUACCAUGAAAUUUUUGCAGUAAAUGAUAUGGCUUUCCAUCCGGUGCAUGGCACACUAGCCACAGUGGGGUCCGAUGGAUGUUAUUCGUUUUGGGAUAAGGAUGCUAGAACUAAAUUACAUUCUUCGGAUUCUCCAGACCAACCGCUCACCUGUUGUGUAUUUGAUCCUAAAGGCCAAGUGUUCUGUUAUGCAUCAGGUUAUGACUGGUCUAAAGGAUAUCAGUUCGCCGAUCCAUCUAAACCCAUCAAAAUAAUGAUGCGCUUGUGUAUGGAAGAAAUGACUCCUGGUAGAAAAUCAUAAUUUAAAAGAGAUUAGAUAAUGUAUUUGUUCUUCAUGUACAUUUUAAUAUAUUCAUGUCAACUUAGUCUGAAGAACGGAACGCAUAUCAAUGUACAACUUCAAACUGUAUUUUUAUAAAACGUUGACAAGUGUCCCUUUUUACUGCAUCUUGUUCUUUUACCUUCGAGUCUAUGUGUAUAGCAUAUAGUUUAUAGUUUGCUUUUUCAAUAUUAUUACACAUAAGGUCA